AUGGCCGUACCUCAGCCUGGUGUACAACACGAGUUGGAGAAACAGCUGAACUCCUAUAGAGAACUCAUUGGUCAUCUGAGGGCUCAUCUGUCAGCCAAUCCCAAAGCAAUGACUCUGCUAGCCAACACACCGUUUCAACCGGGCGGACAGUUGGAUUUGUUCGAUGAACCACCCCCACCUGGACAAAACUUCACUCUCGUUACUCCAAUUCAGAAUCAGAAGUUCUUCGCCAGUCCAUCCCCGGUGGAUCAUAUAGACCGGUCAAUACCAGGUGACGUGACACCCGGAGGAGCUAGUUUGAAGCAAAUCGAUGAACUCAAACGUCAAGUGAAUGCAGCGGAGAAAAAACUUAUGGAAACAGAUGAACAAAUGAAGAGAGAGAUUGAAGAUCGGGAAACCUUAGAAAGUGAAAAUAUGCAAUUACACAACCGCAUCGCCGCUUUGGAUCGCCAAUUGCGCAGAACUCAAGACGAAUUCGAUGAGGCAAUGACUCGUCGAGAUUUGGCCCACCAACGUAAAUUGAAGGAACUAAGUGAUCAGCUUGAGGAAGAAAUACGCAAAACAUCCCGACUAUCUACGCAAAACCGGGAUUUGGAAAUGCAGUUGACCGAAUUACGCAAUGUGGCCGAACCUGAUGAGGAUAUCUUCAAUGAUCAGUGGGAAUCGAUGCGAGCCAAACUACGGGCUGAUGUGAAUCACUAUAAACAAUCAUACGAACUACUCCAAGAAGAAUUCGAUCGAUUCCGGGCUCAAAAUGAUCCCGUUACCAUACAAGAACAGAAGCUAUCCAAAUAUCAGUCAAAACAACGGCGGAUUCUGGCGCACGAUCCAAGCAAAAUUUUGGAUCUACCCGACCUUGGUCGCCCUGCUGGACGCUCGGAAUGCCAGUCCUUCUGA